AUGCUCACCGCGAAAAACACCGGCGGCGAGGCGAUGGCCUGGUUCGAUGAGGUCUUCCCGCCGGAGACGAGGGUCGAGAAGAUCUGCCAGUGGAUCCAGGUGGCCAAGCCGUACCUCAUCGCCGCCGUGGUCCUGUGGUUGGUUUUCCGCCUCUUUUCCGGCGGCGGCGGCGGAAAGACUAUGAAAGCCCCCGGAAGAAACUAUAGGAUGCGUCGGAGUACUUUCGAGAGUAACCCCAAAGGUUACUUCUCCGAUCUCCGUGGCGGCCGUUGA